GCGUGGCGUGGCGAGGUCCGACUGGACCGGGCUGUCAGCGUGCAUCUUCACAGGUAUAUAAAAGAGCAGUUCCCUGAAGGUGGGCACACUUUCCUCUCCUUUGCACUCCACCACAGAUACCCUCCCGACACCACUUCAAGAUGAUCGCCAAGGUAUUCGUAGCCGUGUGCGUCCUGGCGACGGUGUCAGCCCAGCAGCAGCGCUACCCGCAGAUCCUCAAGCUGAGCAGCGACGUGGGCGCGGACGGUCAGUUCCAGUACGCGUACCAGACGGAGGACGGCAUCAGCGCCGAGGCCCGCGGCUCGCUCGUCGGCGGCAGCGCUCGCAGCAGCCAGGACUCCGACGGCCCCGCCACCUCCGUGACCGGCCAGUACUCGUACACGGGCCCCGACGGCCAGGUGUACACCGUCUCGUACGUGGCCGACGAGAACGGCUACCGGGCAUCCGGCGCCCACCUGCCCCAGCCCCACCCCAUCCCCGAGGCCAUCCAGAAGUCCCUGCAGGUCACCUCCCAGUCCAGCUUCCAGGCCCAGCCCCAGGCCUCCAGCUUCCAGCGUUCACAGACCUUCACCUCCUUCCAGCAGCCCAAGGCCUUCGGCUUUCCGGCUCGCCGCUUCUAAGUCAGCACCAUGCGCGCACCCCGUCUGUGAUAUAAUUACUUAAUAAACAAACUCCACUUUUUCAAAA